GGUCUGCCCACACGUCAGUUCUAGAGAAGCUAACAAGAAUGACGAAACUCUAUGCAAUCCUGCUGAUACUCAGCACCGUGACAGCUGUCGCCUGGUCAGCUGCCUUCGAUAUAACCGAAAUACACAACCAGGACCAGCUGUUGGGUAGAUCAACUGUCGCCCAAACACGUGACAGCAUGGCUGGCUUUGAUCCCAAUUCGUUGGCCAAAAACAAGUAUACGCCACCGGAGGAGAAGAAUGCAGAGUUCUGGUAUGAUAUUGCCAACGCGGAGAUUGCCAAGCGAUUGAAACUCCCUCAGCCAGACACACGCAAGGCCAAGAAUCUGAUCUUGUUCCUGGGCGAUGGCAUGUCUUUGACUACAGUGGCAGCUGCUCGCAUCUUGAAGGGUCAGCUGAAGGGCAACACCGGUGAGGAGGAUUCCCUCAGCUUCGAGAGCUUCCCGCACACUGGUCUGAGCAGGACCUACUGCUCCAAUGCCCAAGUGCCAGACUCUGCCUGCACAGCCACCGCGUAUCUGUGUGGUGUGAAGACCAACAUCGUUGCCUUGGGCAUAACGGCAGCUGUGAACUUUAACAACUGCAGCGGCAGUGAGGAUCCCACUAACCAUGUGAGCUCAAUUGCCGCCUGGGCACAGGCAGCUGGCAAGGCGAGUGGCAUUGUGACAACGACUACCUUGACUCAUGCCAGUCCAUCCGGUGCUUAUGCCCACACCACAAACCGAUUCUUUGAGUCCGACACUGACAUCGUCACCUACGGCGAGGGUGAGAAUGAUCCGGCCUACUGCACGGAUAUUGCCACACAGUUGAUUACUCAGGAGCCCGGCAAGAACUUUGAUGUCAUGCUCGGUGGCGGCAUGGGCAAAUUCUUGCCGAACACAAUUGAGGAUAAGUUUGGCAAGCAGGGUGAGCGUUCGGAUGGUGUCAACCUGUUGUCAAAGUGGCAAUCUCUGCAUCCCGAUGGAGCUCUCGCCUACAAUCGCAAUCAGUUGUUGAGUGUGAAUGGAACGAAGCUAAAGCGGCUGAUUGGUCUCUUCAAUUCUGGUGUCAUGGACUUCCACAAGAGGGCAGAUGCUGAUCUGAAGCCUACUUUGGAGGAGAUGACGGAGAAAGCCAUCGAAGUGGCUAGCCAAAAUGAAAAUGGAUACUUCUUGUUCAUUGAGGGCGGUCUCAUUGAUUAUGGCAAUCAUUACAAUGUGCCCCAGCUGGGUCUUGAUGAGGUGCACGAACUGUCCAAGGCUGUGCAGAAGGCUCUUGACAUCACGGAUCCCGAAGACACUCUUAUUGUGGUUACCUCCGAUCACGCUCAUCCGCUUUCCAUCUCCGGCUACCCUGGACGUGGUACUGAUAUUCUGGGUCUUAAUCAACACGACACGGAUGUGAAUGGCGUGAAGUAUGCGACAUUGAACUAUGCUGUUGGCAUGGAACAGUAUCUCGAUGAGAAUGGACAGCGCGUGGAUCUGACCGAAAAGAUUAAAGAUCCAUCUUUCCUGUAUCCCAGUUACAUAAAGGGUGCCAUAGGAGUGCACGCCGGUGACGAUGUGGGCAUCUUUGCUACCGGCCCACAGAGUCAUCUCUUCUCUGGCAUGAUGCAGCAGCAUACAAUUCCUCAUCUGAUGGCCUACGCUGCCUGCAUUGGCGAUGGACCCACACUGUGUGACUAGACAACAAGCUAUCUCUUAAGUACUUUUAUUCAUUUGUGUGUGAAUAAAUUGCUGCCAAGUGCAGAACAAACUGCAAAAAUUAU